AUGGCCAGGAAGUUCCCAGAGGUACAGCCGGGAGGCAGUCUCAUCUUGGCCUGGCAGAUCAAAGACAAGACCGUCCUAGUUGUGGGUGGUGGCGAGGUGGCCGCCGGUCGGAUCCUGAACUGUCUCAAUGCCGACGCCAACGUCACCGUCGUCUGCCCUGCUUCAGGGCUCAACGCCGAAGUCGGCUACCGAGUUGCGCAGAACCAAGUCACCCACGUCGAUCGCGUGUUUGAACCCUCGGAUCUGGACGGCGCGGAUAUGGUCCUGGUAGCCAUUGACGACCCGGCCGCUUCCACCGCCAUAUGGAAGCUUUGCAAGCAAUACAAGAUCCCCGCCAAUAUCGCAGACGUGCCCCCUGAAUGUGAUUUCUACUUUGGGAGCAUACAUCGCGAUGGACCCCUCCAGAUCAUGGUCAGCACCAAUGGCAGGGGUCCGCGACUCGCUGCCUCCAUCCGCAAGUUCAUUGCGAGCAAGCUGCCCAGGAAUGCAGGAAACGCAAUCGAGUCCAUCGGCUUGCUAAGAACCAAGCUUCGCAAGGUCGCCCCCAACGCGGAGGAUAGUCCCAGGAGGAUGCGAUGGAUGUCGAAAGUGAGCGACACUUACAAGUGGGAUGAGAUGUGCAAUCUCACUGUCGAGGACAUGGACAACCUGUUGCUAUUCUACCCUGCCGAGAAAGUACCCGCAAUUGACAUUCUUUUGGCUCUUCGAGGCGGCAAUGACGUGAAGAAACUUGACGUGUUUGACGGGUCAUUCGGAUUUAGCGUUGGCGCAUAG